AUUAAUUAGAUUCCAUGGAGCCUUAUUUUUCUUCAAUUCAAUCUCUUGUGGGUGAGAUCAAGAGAGAUUUGAUGCUGUCCUCAACCCUCAGCCAUUUCCCAACAACGUUUGUUUCCCCAUCAGCUUAUGAAACUGCUUGGCUGGCCAUGAUUCCCCAAGACCCACAAUCAAAAAAGGGUCCAAUGUUCAAAGGUUGCUUGGAUUGGAUCAUAAAUAACCAGAAAGAAGGAGGGUUUUGGGGAGAAGAAGACCAGGAAGGAUAUCCCACCAUUGAUGCCCUUCCCUCCACUCUAGCAUGCAUUGUUGCUCUCAACAUGUGGGCUGUUGGCAAAGAAAAUGUCACUAAAGGGCUGGUCUUCAUCCAUGGAUAUUCUGAAAAAUUGCUUAUGAGGGCCAAAAAUAGUUAUCAUCAACCUCCUCGCUGGUUAACUAUAGUUUUACCUGGAACCAUCGAACUUGCUCAGGCAAGAGACCUUAAAAUUGAGUUUAGUCUUGCUUUCAAUGAAAUGGUGUCUGAAUUGUUCUUCCACAGGCAGAAAAUUCUUGCAACGGAAGUGAUUGUGGACAAAUGCCACAACUUUCCAUUAAUGUCAUACCUCGAAGCGCUUCCAGCAUCGUAUAUAAUAAAUGAACAAGAUGUGUUGAUGAAUUUGAGUGAAAAUGGGUCGUUGUUUCAAUCUCCAUCUGCAACUGCAUUCGCGUUUAUGGCCACUGGAAACCAUAAAUGCUUGAAGUACUUAGAGUUUGUAGUAAAGGAAUGUGACAAUGGAGUCCCCACCACGUAUCCUUUUGACGAAGAACUCAUCAAGCUGUAUAUCAUCAACCAGAUACAAAGAUUAGGAUUGGCUGAGCAUUUUGGUGAAGAAAUUGACCAAACUUUAGAAACUAUUCAUAAAAGUUACAACAACCACGAAUUCACCGGAGACAACACCGAUUUUACCCCAGUAAAUAUUUAUAAAGACAGUCUCGCAUUUCGUCUUCUCCGAAUGCAUGGCUAUAACGUUACACCAGAUAAAUUUUGCUGGUUUGUUCACAAUCAAGACAUUAUUUCCCACAUAGAAAUUUACCAUGAACAAUACAUGAGUGCUUUGUACAACAUUUAUUGUUCCUCCGACCUAAUAUUUCCAGAAGAGCGUCAAUUAGAGAAAGCAAGAUCGUACUCUAUAAGAUUGCUAAGAAAAGGCGUUUCUUCAAUAAAUGCCAGCGAAGAUAGUCUUGUUGCUUUCCCCAAUUUGAAAAGUUUGAUUGACCGUGAUUUGAAUGUUCCAUGGAUGGCUCGCCUAGAUCAUCUUGACCACAGGUUUUGGAUUGAAGUUAACAUGGAAGCUGAUACCUUAUGGGUUGGCAAGGCUUCUUAUUAUAGGUUGCUGCCUCUUCAAAAUGAUAAACUAAUACAACUUGCUGUGAGAAAUUAUGAGUUUCGGCAGUCAAUUUAUAGGAAGGAACUUGAAGAACUCAAAAGGUGGUCUAAGGAUUGGGGUAUAACUUCCAUGGGAUUUGGUCGCCAAAAAUCUGAUUACUGCUAUUUUUCCAUCGCUUCUGCCACUUCGUUGCCCCAUGACUCUAUCGUCCGGAUGAUUGUUGCCAAGAGUUCCACAGUUGUUACAAUUGCCGACGACUUUUUCGACACAAAAGGUUCUUUAGAAGAAUUGCAGACGUUGACGCAAGCUUUUCAAAGAUGGGAUGGGAAUGAUUUGACCAGCCACUCUAAAAAAAUAUUCGAUGUAAUCGACCACCUCGUGACUGAUAUAUCGACAAAGCUCCACCUUCGAAGCGGACAAAACGCGUUGGAAAACCUUCGCGAAAUGUGGAGGGUAACAAUUGCUUCGUGGAUGAAAGAGGCGACAUGGAGCAAAAUGGGAUAUGUUCCAUCAAUGGAUGAAUAUUUGGAAACUGGUACGAUAUCCUUCGCCAUGAACACGAUGAUUCUCCCAGGUGCUUGUUUCUUGACUCCCGGUUAUCCGAGCAACAUGCUGGAUCCCUCCAACUAUGAACACAUCACAAACUUGCUCAUGGGAGCAACGCGAUUGUUGAAUGAUGUCCAAGGCUAUCAGAAAGAAGAGGAGGAAGGAAAAAAGAACUUCGUAUUGCUAUAUUUGGAAGAAAACACAAAUGCUUCGGUUGUAGAAUCGAUUGCCUAUGUGAAAGAAAUGAUUGAUGGUAUGAAGAAAAAAUUACUCAAACAUGCCCUGUUGGAUGGAGUUGGAGGUUCACGCCAAUUGCCUAAAACAUGCAGAAUUUUCCACUUAUCAUGCCUAAGAAUUUGUCAAAUGUUUUUCAACUCUCGUAAUCUAUUCGAAUCGGUUUCGGACCUCGCUCACGAUAUAAACAUGGCAAUUUAUAUCCCACUACCUUCAAAAAUCGAUACAUCUAAAUUUGUAAUGGAAGUUAAAAGGCUGAAUUGA